UUCAAAAGCAACACCCGGUGGCCAUCACAAGUCUGCAAGAAGGCUGCAGCGGUCUGCCAGCACGAGUUGUCCGUUCAUCCGACAAAAACUUUCACGGGAGACACAAACAAAAGCCAAGAUGAUCUCCAUCAAGAACCUUCUCAUCAGUGAAAGUGUGGACCCUCGCUGCAGGAGCAUCCUGGAAGAAAAUGGCAUCCGAGUAACGCAGAAGCAGAACAUGAAAAAGGAGGAAUUGAUCGCCGAGAUCAAGGACUACGACGGCCUGGUGGUGCGAUCCGCUACCAAGGUGACGGCCGACGUCAUCAACGCCGCCGCCAAUCUGAAACUCAUCGGGAGAGCCGGGACUGGGGUAGACAAUGUGGAUGUUGAGGCCGCCACCAGAAAGGGGGUGAUCGUCAUGAACACGCCCAGCGGCAACACCAUCAGUGCGGCCGAGCUGACCUGCGCCCUCCUGAUGAGCCUCUCACGAAAUGUGCCUCAAGCAGCGAUGUCCAUGAGGGCGGGGAACUGGGAUCGCAAAAAGUUUAUGGGCGCGGAGCUGUUCGGCAAGGUGCUGGGGAUAGUCGGACUGGGGAGGAUCGGGAAGGAAGUGUCCCACAGGAUGCAGUCCUUCGGCAUGAAGACCAUCGGCUAUGAUCCAAUCACGCCACCUGAGGUGUCGGCCAGUUGGGGGGUGCAGCAGAUGUCCCUGGAGCAGCUUUGGCCGCUGUGUGACUUCAUCACCGUGCACACGCCAUUAAUGCCUUCCACGGUUGGGCUACUCAAUGACGAAACCUUUGCUAAAUGCAAGAGAGGAGUGAAAGUAGUCAACUGUGCACGAGGCGGCAUCAUCGACGAGGCCGCUCUCCUCAGAGCGCUGGAGUCGGGGCAGUGUGGAGGCGCCGGCCUUGACGUCUUCGUGGAGGAGCCCCCUCAGGACCGCUCGCUGAUCAACCAUCCCAACGUGAUCAGCUGUCCACAUCUGGGCGCCAGCACCAAGGAGGCGCAGGCGCGGUGCGGCGAGGACAUCGCUCUGCAGAUUGUAGACAUGGUGAAGGGCAACAAGCUGGUUGGAGCUGUAAAUGCACAGGUUUUGGCGAGCACUUUCUCCCCUGAUUCUUCUCCGCUGAUUAAACUUGGAGAAGCGAUGGGAUCCGUGCUGCAGUCCUGCAGCUCCUCCAACAAACCACUCAGCCACGUACAAAUCACUUCUCAAGGUGAAGGCAUGAAGUCGUGCUGUGGGUACAUGACGGCUGCUGUCCUGGUUGGACUUCUCAACGGCGGCGCCGGCGUCUGCCCAAACCUCAUCAACGCGCUGAGCCUCGCCAAAGAAUUUGGAAUCACGGUAACACAAAGCCACAACAUGUCUGACGAGGCUUCUCCUGGCGCCUGCACCGUGGAAGUCAUGACCGACGGCCGCAGCUACAAAGCCACCGGCGCCGUUCGAGGUGGCCUGCCGGUUCUGCUGGAGCUGAGCGGCAGCAUGUUCAGGCAGCCCGUGUCGCUCACGGGGAAUUUGCUGUUCUUGAAGGCUCCCGCAAGUCCUGAGCUUCUCUCCUCCGUGGCUGGGCUGCUGGCCGCAGAGGGAGUGCAAAUCGAGUCUUUCAGUGCUCCCACGGAACGCUCUGGAGAUGUGUGGUAUUGUUUAGGAGUGUCUUCUCUGCUGGCAGACCUCCGUGCCUUCAAGCCUUUGGCUCAGGAGGUUGCCCAGCUCAGCGCUUGAUUGGAGGAAGACGGCAAAGAAGCACAGCGCCGGGAUGACGUCGAGAAGUGGAAAAUGGCACAUUUGCGUGUCUUAUGGGUCCAUCUUUGCCUUAGCAUUUCCAGCUUGCCUGUCUUGAGUUAUUUACAAAUUACAUUCCAGUGUUAAGAUGCUUUUUCAUGCUUUGUCAGUAAAACUGAUGAAAAUUGUGUUUCUCUGAUUGUUUUACAAAGAUCCUUUUUACACAUUUUGAAGAAGGACUCAAAAGAGAGUAGGUGAACAUUUUGUGCUCAAAAUGUGCAAAAACAUAUCAAAGCAGGUACAGAAAUGGUUUUGGAAUUGGUGAAAAUGCACGGCAAAAUGUUCACUCAAAUUGCCAUCAUCGGUUCAAUGAGUCGCUGAGCGAAUCGCUGAAAACCGGCAAAUCGAUCAAAACUUGUUGAAUCGGGACUCGUGGAUACCGGUCUCCGUCAACUUGUUCACUUACUGACCGCUGCGAGCACCAGCUGAAUUAAAAAAGGAAACAAGGUAACAUGCCAGGGUGUGAUUAAAUGCGGGAUGAGUCGGGGGACUUGGUUCUCGAGUGACUCGAGUACCCGAUUCCCUUCAUCGAGUGACUCAUAAGAACUCCAGUCGAAGGAAUCGAGUUAGCCAUCAGUAUUCUUCUGAAUGACUUUGCAUUUUGCAGUGGUGUACAAUAGUGAUGAUUUAGUGAUAGUGAGUCAACGUCAGGCU